AUGGCAUAUGUAAAUAGAUUUAUUACGAAUUGUAGACUUAAAAAGAAUAAGUAUAAACGGAAGUUUGGACCACUUACAACACAAGAAUUAGAUCAAGCUUUUAAAGUAUUGAUAGUAAUUGCACAAAAACAAUCUUUCCAAUUAGAUUAUAAGAAUCUUGUCAAUUCUAAAUCGCUCAGUAAAGAGAGCAGAAUUUUAUGUUUAAAUCCUUUUAUGGAUAAUUCGAAAAUUAUGCGAGUAAGCGGUCGAUUAAAAAACACAAAUUAUUCAUUUGAUAAAAUUCAUCCUAUAAUAUUAUGCCCAAAACAUAAAUUAACUACGUUAAUAUUGCAUCAAGAGCAUCACCGAUUACUUCACUGUGGUGCUCAACAACUUCUCGCAAGUAUUAGAGAACGAUUUUGGCCAAUUUCUGGACGUAACGCUUGUAAAGAAAUUAUUCGGAAAUGA